UAGUACGUACCGGUACACCGGCGGCCUACAGUAUCUCGCGAUUUGAUGGAGUUUUUCUACGGUACUAGUUAUAGGUGUUCCAUAUUGUUGGGGUUUUUUUACAAAGAAAGAGGACAAUUGCUUUCGCUGACAUGGAAAAGAAGGGUUCUAAACGCGCCAUUAGAGUAAAAAUCAUCAGCAUGGGGAAUGCAGAAACGGGAAAGAGUUGCAUCAUCAAAAGAUACUGUGAGAAAAGGUUUGUGAGCAAGUACUUGGCCACUAUUGGAAUAGAUUACGGUGUCACAAAGGUGACUGUAAAAGAGAGAGAUCUGAAAGUGAAUAUCUUUGACAUGGCUGGACAUCCUAUAUUUUACGAGGUUAGAAAUGAGUUUUAUAAGGACACACAGGGUGCUCUGCUGGUUUAUGAUGUUGCUUCCAGGUCAAGUUUUGAAGCUUUAGAUUCCUGGCUGGCUGAGAUGAAGAGAGAGAUGGCUGACUUGACCGAGAUGGAAAGGGUUGUCUUCUGUGUCUGUGCAAACAAGACUGAUAAGAGUAUGCAACGUGUUGUUGAUGAGACUGAAGGAAGACUAUGGGCAGACAGUAAAGGUUUCCGUUACUUUGAGACAUCAGCACUCACAGGGGAUGGAGUCUCAGAGAUGUUCACUGCUCUUUACCAGGGGCUCCUGACAGCAUUUGAGAAUGGAGGUCGAGCAGAACGUAUCACGACCACUUUAGGUUACACCAAAGAGCAAGUUGAGGCAAUACAGAGGCUGAAGACAAGCAAAAAUAAUUUUGAGAGGCUGGGAUUGCCCCAUAAUGCAUCAAAGGAUGAUGUGAACAGAGCUUACAGGAGAUUGGCUAUACUGCUUCACCCUGAUAAGAAUGUAGCACCAGGAAGUGAGGAAGCUUUCAAGAUCCUAGUAGCUGCCAGAACAGAUCUUCUCAAACACAGAUAGUCAUUACUUAACCAAAAAAGACUCAGAUUACUUAUUGCGGUUUCAUGAACAUGGUGUAAGCUUUACCAGGAAACUUACACGUUGACUUGAGGAAACUAUUUAUGUGACAACGAUGUUUUGUGGAUAUGUGAUGUGCACACUCAUAUGGAACAGUGACGAGUAUUAUGAAAUAGUGUGGGCCUUUGGAUGGCCUUGAAGUCAUUUUCAACCUAAAGUUGAAGCUAACAGCUUGAGAAACUUCACCCUUAAACUUUGUCAGUGUCUUGGGCACUGAAGGUUCCAGAACUAUUCACAAAUCAAAGAUCUUUCUGAAGUAAAAUCUUGUUGACAGCACAUUUAUCUACACUUUUUUUAAACUUAAUUAUUAAGAAAGCUUGUGGAAUAUGGAUCAUUUGGAAGUGACUUUAACUGUAAAACAAGCUUGAACAUACUGUAUAACUUGUGGCACUUCCUUUUGCAGUAUUCAAAAUUUUCCUGAUCAGAACAACUCUUUGAAAUCUUAAGAGGAAAAUAGAAAUGAGAA